AUGUCUUUAAUUAAUAUUUAUUGCCUUCUUUUUGUCUUUUCAACUUUAUAUUUAUUUAAAUUUACGAAUGGCAAUAAAUGUAUUUCAAAAUAUGGUGAAGGUUGUACUUCAAGGAGCUGCUGUCCAAAUUUACAUUGUACACGUACUUUUGCCAUAGGAGGUAGAGGAAGUAAGCGUCCAAGAUAUCAAUGCCUUCAGAGCCCUUGCUCAACUAAUGGAUGUAAUGCGAAAUUUGAUAAUUGUUGUUAUGGUAUGAAAUGUAAAGGUAGUCAUUGCGCUUCUUGUUCAAAUUAUAAAGAAAACUGCGAUCAUAAUGAUGAUUGUUGUUUUGGGAGCUGCGCAGGUGGAAUAUGUACAAAAUAA